AUGGAUCCAGAGCAGACGUUUAUACGGGUUCAAGAGCGAUUCUCAGAGAUGCUGACGCCCAAAAUCAGAGUCACGCUUGAGUAUUUUUUUCUUUUCUUGGCCAUCACCCUCUUCUGUAUUCUCGUUGUUAUGCACGCCAAUUAUGUUCAGCAGCCUGGUUGUUCAAGUGAGCUUUCUGAAGUGGAGAUGUCUGAGGCCCAGCUGAUUCAGAUUAAGAUUACUAGUGCUGGUUUGUGGUCACAAAAUGAGCCCCAGUAUGAUGCAACAGAUGCUCAUAAAAGAGAAACUGAAAAUGCAAUUUCAAAGGCAACAAAUGUGGAUGGAGAUGGAUUACCUCUUUUUGGGAAAAAAUCGUGGUUGACUUGGAUAUCUUCUGGUGCAAGGAGGGCGAAAUCUCCAUUAAAAUUCUCGAGCGCUGACAACGAUGUUCUGGAAUCUCAAGAAGAUGUUUGUGUCAGUAGUGAAAGCUUUAAGCCAGCAGCUGAUGACGUGGUGGUGAAAACCAAUAAAGAUGGAUCACGUGGCAGGUUCUUUAUCUCACCCAAAGAGUCACUCAAGGCAGCAAUAGUUCAUGUUUUUAGAAAGUGGCAUGGGCGUAUAUCUUUCUUUUGGAGAUUGGCAAAACGAAUUCUUGGUGGUUUAUGGGAUAUUGCUGGUAUUAAUUUGAAUUUUGAUAUUCCCAAGUGGCUUAAAAUUUUGCAUUUGGACAGGCUGAACUCCUAUGCAGUGCAGUGGCUUGAAAAGAGAAGCAAGGCAUUUGAACCAGCUUACUUGUAUACAAUGGAGAAGGGCUAUUUCUUAUUGCCUGAAGAGGCCAGAUCAAGGCAUAACAUCCAUUCCAUUAAUAUUAGCAUCUCAGCCCGACAUACUUGCUUCGGCAACAGGUGGCAGCAGCUGCUGAUAAACAGGCUCGUAGGAUAUGAUACUAUUCUGAUGAAUAGUUUGUUGAAUUCUCCUGGUCAAGGUUAUCUUUAUAACUACCAAACAAAGGAUUUCUACAAUCUUACUUAUGCUCAAGAGCAACCUGAAAGUUAUGCAAAAUUUGGAGACUAUCUUGUGACCAAGUGUGGUGUGUUGAUGAUGUCACUUUUUGUUUUCUUCACAACCACCAUGUCAGUUUCAUUUACAUUGAGAGAGACGCAAACUCGUAUGCUAAAGUUUACAGUGCAGCUCCAGCAUCAUGCUCGACAUAGGCUUCCAACAUUUCAAUUGAUCUUUGUGCAUGUAAUCGAGUCCCUUGUAUUUGUACCGAUUAUGAUUGGCAUCCUGUUUUUCCUCUUCGAGUUUUAUGAUGACCAGUUAUUGGCUUUCAUGGUUUUAAUUCUUGUCUGGCUCUGCGAGUUGUUCACACUCAUCAGUGUUCGCACUCCAAUAUCUAUGAAGUUCUUUCCCCGCUUCUUUCUUCUCUACUUUCUGGUGUUUCACAUAUAUUUCUUUUCGUAUACUCAGGGUUUUUCUUAUUUAGCUCUCUCGACGACUGCAGCAUUUAUGCAGCACCUUAUCCUCUAUUUUUGGAACCGUUUCGAGGUUCCAGCUCUGCAGAGGUUUAUGCAAAGUCGACGGUCACAUUUUCCGCAACAUCCCGACUUUCAUAUUACCUCAUCAACUAUUCUCGCCUCAACAUUACACAUUACAAGAUUAAAUACGAGAAACACUGGGCUUCUUAACACAGAUUUGGCUUCUGGACCUGUACUUCAAACCGGAACCAAUACAGGAAUGCCAAGAAAUGGUGCAACUGCAUUCCCUGGUCCUCAAGAACCACCUAAUAACGACAAUCCAGAGAGGUUAGGGAAUCCUCUUGAAAUUGGGGGACAGCCUGCCCUCCGUCAGCCAGAGGGUGGAGGCAAUCCCGGGGCUAUGAACUCAUUUAGUUCCCUGUUACUAUGGAUCCUGGGGGGAGCUUCUUCAGAAAAUAAACUGAAAAGCGAUUUGGAUGAAAAGAAGGAACAUGGGUUCACCUAUUGA